AUGAACAAUCCUCGUCCCAGCCCGUUCUCACAGUGCACGAACACGGGAUGCCAAUCUCCCAAUCUAGGACCGGUGUUACUCUGCCAGGGCAAAGGGGAGGACCCCCAGAAUUGUGGGCAUUGGUAUCAAAUGUGCCGUUCAUGUAACAAUUUCUUAUGGCACAACCCCAAGACACCGCUGGAACUUGUGCCCGACCAUCUGUUGAUGCGCCAUGCUUCCAAGCAGUCUCUUGCUGACUUCCCACCCGGCCAUCCUCUCAACCGUCUUGACUGCGCCCAUCCCAACUGUCGAGGCAAAGACAACCGGCCACGCGUAGCCAAUCGGGCAUGCGAUAGAUUCCCCCAAUUGUGUCAAACAUGCUGUCGCGCGGAGGGUGGCUGUUCAAAGCACAAAACCGAGGAGUCCCAGCAAUCGCGCGCUGCCGAAGCUGACAAAACUGCUUCUGCCAGCCCUGCACCCAGUGCUGCGAGCAGCGGUACUUCUCUGCCUGCUGAGCCUGUCUCCAAGUUUGCACGCCCGCUGACCACUGGGUUUGGCCAGGCCUUCGCCGUCACCUGUCAGAAGAAACUCGCAAGUAACCAGAAGGCCGAAAAUGAGAAGAAGAUUACGGAGACCAUGGGCAACCUUGUUGUUGUCCUGUUGUGGCUCAAGGCCAAUAGUAAGCCGAUUCGGCUCAACGUCGUUGUCCAACAUGCCGGAACAUUGGUCCUAUCAGAUCAACCUGCGAUCAUCGACAGACUCCACAACGUCACGCUAAUCAGUGUUUUCAAAGCGCUACCGCGCCCAGAAUGGAUUGAACAAGAUUUCAGUAUUCCCAUUGCUGUUCCUCGUAUUCCUCGCAUUCUCUGUCGUCUCCCUAGUCUUGAAAACACCGACUGCCUCGAGUUGGAAGAGGAGCUUGGGGUCCUCGGAAUACAAAAUCGGCAUUUCAACAUGCACACUAUGCAGCCCGGAAGUGAUGUCGCCCUUCCUUUACGACGUUCAGCAUCUGUCGUCUCCCUUUUGGAAUCGGGCGAUCCUGUCUCUCAUUUCACAUCGACUACUUCAGGCUCAUCGAAGCGUGCACGUUUAAGCACUCUUUCCCCACCUCGUUCCCCGCCCCCUGCUCCUUCGGACUUCAAUAUCAAACUACCAUUUCCAAGGAUGUACGCUUGUGAGAUGAUGUCUGGCUUCCGGGUCUUGAACGCCCUUGUGGCAGGAGGGUUUACACUGGGCGAGGCAUUCUCUCAGGCAUUUGCAAGCUCUGACUUCGUGUAUAAAACGGUGACCAAACACAGGAAGAUCUACGAGCGUGCUAGAAACGCGCAUGUCCUUGAACUAUACCGAGACAUGGGUUGUACACCUGAAGGUAAAUGGUGUAAUGUUGUUCGUGAUGUUACGAACAUCUUGAUAUCUGAUGAGAGCCGCCAGCCGUCUCUCACACCAUCCGAACACCAGGCAACAUCUGAGGCGGAUGCUGAUAGCAUCACAGAUGAUUCCGGACCACCGCUCUCUCCUCCCCUUGAAGCUUCUGAAAAAUCACCGACACCUUCUCUGAACGCCGAUUACGGAGGAUUUCUCACAGACUCUGUCAUCUACCUAGUCACACAUCAAAAAUUCGAAAUGCGGGGCGGCCAACUUACUGCAGCUUGGACCGCCGACAUGGAAAACUUGAAUCUCUACACCACCAGAACUCCAGCUGUCCAUGGCUCGAUCAAGCGGGUAUCCAUAGGAUAUAUUCACGAGCAGGGAAUGUAUGCUAUCAAGCGCAUUUCUCUCCCUGGAGAAUGGUGGACCCAGUGGACUAGCGCUGCGAAUGCCAUCUGGGUUGAAGCUUCGCGUGUUGCUCUUUGCUUCGAUGCUGCUUGCGGCUUUCAUCAGCUUGCGAAGAACAACAAUACGGCACUUUACCUGUUCCGUGUUUUGCCCACAUCAAUCUUUGUAAUAUGUGGACAAUUUCAAAUUGCGCAAGAAUGGAUUGAAGGCCAAUCCAAGCGACUGUCCGCUGAGGACUUGAUACUAUGGCAACAUACAAUGGAGGCAUUCUCGCAUUACACAUAUCAAGCAAGUGGGGGUCUUUUACUUCAUUCCGGCUUCCAAUAUCAUUCAGUCGAGAAGCCUGUUGAGACUUCGGUCAAGGGCAAGGCUGUAGAGGGUGCCACCAUACGACAAGCUAUCAUUUUUGAUUGUGCCACUCACAUAUCAGGUAGACUGGGUCACGAUAGCGCACUUCCAAAUAUUGGCCCAUUUCUUCGUAGCGAGGGCCAGGCUGCCCUCGCCAAUUUCGCAAACACUCACAUUUGCAACGAAGUAUGCAGAUCACUCGGUCUGAUUCCUGUCUAA